AUGGAGCGCGAGCUGGAGGCGCUGGCGGCGCGGCCCGCGUGCCCGGCCGAGCCGCCCUUCCAGGCGCUGGUGGAGGCGGCGGGCGGCCGCGGGCAGGUGCUGCUGGUGGGCGAGCUGUGGGAGCGCGAGCAGAGCCGCGCGCUGCUGCGGGACUUCGCCCGGGCCGUGUUCCCGCCCGAGCCGGCGGCGGCCAAGCCGGGCGGAGCGGCGGCCGAGGCGCGGGCCCGGGGCGGCGCGCGGGGCGCAGAGGGCCCGGGGGCGGCGACGGCGCCAUCCCUCGCCCCGCGGCGCCGCCUGCGGGAGAUGCUGCGGGACGUGCGCGGCCGGCGGCGGGCCGGCGCGGCGCUGGUCGGGGUGCUGGUGGCCGAGGCCGGGCCCGAGGACGCGGUGGCGCUGGGGCUGCGGCUGCUGGAGGCACUGCUACGCGCCGUGUUCGGCCGCCAGGCAGGGGGCCCGGUGCAGGCGGCCGCCUACUGCCCCGGCUGCCCGGCCUCCAGCCUGGCCGUCCAGGCGGCCGCCUGCAGGGCCCUGCAAGCCGCCGGGCCCGGGCGACCAGCGGAAGCACCGGGCCUUCCAGGACUGCUGACCUGCUUUUCCUGGGGUCCCUGGAACCGGAGGAAGGACCGGGAUGUUGCUGCCUCCAGCAGCCCAGCUCAGGGUAACCUCCCGGAGCCUGGAGAGGAGCUUGCGCUCACAGCUGUGUUUCCCAACGGAGACUGCGAGGACCUCGGAAGCCGGGCAUGAGUCCUCCACGCUCCCGCUGAGCCCGCUGGGGACUCGAGAUGA